AUGGCAAAUGUUGACUACGAUCAGCUGAACGCGCGGCUGCGCAAACGCCUGGCUCUGCUGCGUCAGCAUCAAGAUCCGGAGGAAAAAUUCCGGCUGCUGAAGCGCUAUCUGUCCCAUUUUGUGAAACUGGUACAAAUAGGACGGCACUUUGAGGCGUCCUUUGCCGAACAUUUGCGGUGUGUUGUGAUAUUUCUGAACGAUCGCCGGGACAAACCACUGGAAACGGAUGCGCUAGGGAAGAUUGUGAAAACUCUCUGCGUGAUUUGCUGCAUUACGGCUGCGCCGUAUCAAACAGUGGUGAUUGCACUGCAAGGCUUGCUGGAGAUUUUUGAAAGGAUCUCUUGCAAGGAAACGUUGCAAGUCAUUCAAUAUUGUGGGAAUCACUUAAAAAAAUUGCUUUCUCAAUUCAGGCGAUUCGGAUACUUUAAAAUACAACUGCAGUUGGUGGAAUUGGCGCACUCCGCGUCACUCUCGUUCAGCAAACAGAAUGAGCGUAAGGAAUUCGUACUCGAUCUGGGACGACAUAUUGGCGGCCCUUUAGAACAGGUUCUCGAUUGGCAGUCGUUUGCAUUGGAGCAGGAAUGUCGAGCUUUUAUCAAUGGAAUGCAGGACAAGUUCCCUCUGUUUGCGGCGUAUUCGGUUCCUGUCGAAGAUGCUCAAAUCGGAUUGUAUCAAUUCGUAAAACCGGAAGAUUCGAACGGUCUAUGGUUGGAUGUUAACUUUCAACCAGCAACCAUAAGGUUUAGCGCCCGCGUCACCCUUAUUCGCGAGAAAGACUCUUUGGAGAUGACGGUUUAUCUGGAGAUUUGCCACAGGGACGUUUCCAGAAUCGAUCUGAAAAAAGAACGCAAUUCUUGUCUGCUUUCGAUCGAGUACACAAAAAUCACCGUCGAACCGGAGGUGUUAACUGUAGACAAGAUAGGAUGCCUUACCUUCACGAUUCUGCCGUCAUUCGACUGCAGUUAUCUCACGGACGACGUUCUACCGGAAGUUCGGACGAAUGCCGACCGUAUAGAAGAUUCGGAGCAACCCUGCACAACCAAUCUCGAUGGAUUAUUGAAUGUGUCCUUACUGGAUUCGAUUGUUUCGGGACCUGCCAACAGCCUGAACGCUCAUAACAUGGAGGAUCAAUCUCCUCGAUUACGUGAUAAUCGAGAUGCAAUCGAAAAGCACCGCAAUAUCCGAUGUCAGAUGUUGGACAACACCAGCUCGAUUGGAAGCAACAAGGAAAAUGUAAAACCCCCGUCAAUUUCAGAUGUUAGGGUUGAGGUGCAGGAUGUUCAGCGUUUGCGAGUGUUUGAAACGCUCCAGCAAGACUGUCAACGUCAGCAGACAAGGCUGAGUCGUAGCUCGAGGCGAAAUUCUCCGGACAAAUGCAAUCAGAAGAACGAGCCGGUUAAUCCUCGUUUGAAUGACGGCAAGAAACGAAAACUGUUCGCUAAGCAAGCGGAACCAGAUAACUGUGAGGAGCACCCUAUCGCCAGCAAUGAUUCGCAGAUUCAACGCAGCAAAUAUGUCGACAGGAAGUUGGUGAAUACAGUGAAACCCAUCCAGACGUUGGACGUGAAACCUUUGAAAUUGAUCCAAAAUAUUGCCGAAGAAAGAAUUGAUCUUUUAAGUGAACCAUCCACAUCGGAAAUGAUGUCCAACGACGAGUUUGAUCGAACCCUUCAGGCGUUCUUCGACCAUUUGCACACAAAACUGGAAAAGAACAUCCGAAAAAUCGAUCAGGAGGUGGAACGUACUACAAAGAAAUUCUUCAAGCGUGAACCAGCUCCGGAGAAUCCUUACGAUUUCGUCAAUACGGAUGACAAUGAACAAACCGCCCGAAAAGGUGGAAAAUCCGCCGCUGGCAAAGGAAAACGAAAGUCACCGAAAACAAACGAUGGACAUGUUUCGUCGGUGAAGAAAGCCAAAAACGUUGCAAACCAGUCUCUUAGCACUAAGAACGCUAAGCCCACCUCUUCAAAAAAAGGUAAAAAGCAAACAUUUCCAAAGGCAGCAGACCCUCUAGUGCCGUCUCGAGCUUCACUACCUCGCGCUAAGAAGCCUGAUCGUAUCAUCGACUUGGCAUCAGAUUCGGAAGAGGAAGCUGUUGUGAUUGGGAAUACCUUCCAGAACCUGGACAUCUCUUCGAUUGUUCGAGAUCCAGCCAAGCCGAAGAACCCCGUUGCCCAGCAGCUAUUUGCCAAUUCAACACCGGUCGGGGGAGCAAAAAGCAAGAAGCGUUCGAUUGAUCACAUAGUAGAUGCACAGCAGAAACAGGAAAAGGUGGCCAAGAAACAGCGUGUUCCUCUGUUGGAAAUCAAUGCUAACAAUAGCACUAUUGUAACGCGACGGAAUUACAAGAAGAGUUCAACUCCGAGUGCUCUACAGCAGACGGCGGCCGCUUUGAUCGAGCAGGAAAAGUACAAAGCACAAUCUCUGCAAACUUCAUCGUCUAUUUCGGACCACAGUGUGCGUACUGAAAUUUCCAUGGAGUUUCCGGGCGCCCAUAACCAGUUACCUAUGGAACCGCCUACAUUGACGGAAGCCAUGAUUCGCCAGUACCAAAGCUUCGAUAGCGAUGAACCGAUUUCACAGUCCCUCGAAGUCAAUCCAAGUCCUCUGCCCGUCCCGGCG